AUGGCCUCCGCAGAGCUCGCCGCAACGUACGCCGCCCUCAUCCUUGCCGACGACGGCAUCGAGAUUACCUCCGACAAGAUCGUCGCCCUCACCUCCGCGGCUGGUGUUGAGCUCGAGCCCAUUUGGGCAUCCCUUCUCGCCAAGGCGCUCGAGGGCAAGGACGUCAAGGCGUUGCUCUCAAACGUCGGUGCCGGUGGUGCCGGUCCGGCCGUUGGCGCUGGCCCUGCUGCUGCCGGUGGUGCCGCCGCUGCCGACGCCGCACCAGCAGAGGAGGAGAAGAAGGAGGAGGAGAAGGAGGAGUCUGACGACGACAUGGGCUUCGGUCUCUUCGACUAA